CGUCGAUCAUCAUCACGACAACUUGCAUCUCAUAGCUUCCUGCUUCCUGUUUUCAUCAACUUCUCUAGCAUUACUCUACGCACUCUGCCUCAUACCAAUUAACCACCAACGAAACGAUCAACAUGUCUUACGCCGUACACGUCGCCGGAUUGUCCCCCGAGACCUCAGAGGACAAGGUCAAGGACUUUUUCCUCUUCUGCGGAGCCAUCUCGAGCUUGAAGAAGGAUGGAAACACUGCCGAUAUCACCUUCCAGAAGGAGAGCGCUGCUAGGACCGCGCUGAUGCUCAACGGAGGGACCCUCGACGGCGCCCACCUAGAAGUGACAUCCGCCUCCCCCUCUGCCCCUGCUACCACCGGCUCAACCUCCCUCCCUAUGGAUGCCAACGCUUCCACUCCCAUCGGCGCCUCGGCUUCCGGAUCGGGAUCUUUGGGUGCGGACGAGCACGGGAUCGAGCAGGAGGACAAGCCCAAGGCUGGGAUCAUGGCCGAGUACCUCGCUGCCGGGUACCACGUCUCGGACCUCCUCAUCCAGCGUGCGAUCGAGGUCGACCACAAGCAGGGAAUCUCGAGCAAGUUCUUGGCUUACAUGCAGAAGCUGGAUAGCAAGGUCGGAUCUACCGUCGCCAACCAGCCGGAUGCCAAGGUUUCCGGAGUUAUCGGAGGUACCCUCGCCCAGGCCACCACCAAGGCCAAGGAGAUUGACCAGCAGAGGGGAAUCUCGAGCUUCUUCUUGGACUACUACUCGAAGGCUAUCAACACCAACACCGGGCAGAAGGUCCUGCAAUUCUACACCUCGACCACCAAGCAGGUCAAGGACGUACACGAGGAGGCCGUCAGGAUCGCUUCCGAGAAGAGGGCUACCGUCGGAACCGACCAGGCCGCUCACGACGUCGCCCCCACCGUCACUGAAAAGGUCGACCAGGCCACCGCUCAGGUGCCCGUCGCUGCUCCUCAGUAGAAAGAGGGUGCUAUGUGACGUCUAGGAUGUAUCUCCGCUUUUGUGCUCUAGUAUGAAACCCUUUUUGUGUGAUUUGUUGAAAGUCGUCCGUGGUCGACAUUGUAAUCGAACACGAAUCUCGUAAAUAUAAUUCAUCUCGAGAGGUCCGU